AUGAUCUGUGCUUCCAAUGCACGCACACUUGCAUCUGAGUACUCGAUAGAAGACUUGAUAGACAUGCAAGCAGGAAGGGUAAGGUACGACGUCAUCGGCCUGGGCGAGACAAGACGACGCAACCCAUUCAACGCCAUCUAUGACAUCGGAGAAGAACUGUUUCUUGGAACAUGCGACAGUAGAGGAGUCUGCGGCGUCGGUGUUCUCGUCAACACGAGUAUGUCCAUGAACAUCAAUUCAUUCGAGCAACUAACAACCCGAAUCGGACGUUUACGACUGAAGAUAUCUGGAUCAAUACAAACUUUGACAAUCUUCGUCGUUUACGCAUCGACAUCAAACGACGACGAAGGCAGGCGAAGUCGAAGCGUUCUAAUUGGACUUGGAGAACUUCAACGGAGAAGACCAUACAUCUUUACGGUCAUCGUUGGAGAUUCCAAUGCUAAAACUGGAUCUAGAGAUUGUCCGAGGAAAGCCACAUUGGAUCACACGGACUAG